GACUGAACCCGCCAAGCAGAGCCUCCUUUUAAGCGUUUUUGCUGUUGACCUCAGCAAGGGUCAUUGGACCCGCCAAGUAGAACCCAUUUCGACUGUAGUUGCUGCUGGCGACAGUCUCACAAUGGGCUGCCGCAUUAGUCGUAGAAGAACUGCCCAGGACAUGUUGUUGCCGCUAACAGCGAGCAACUUGGAUGGCCCUGAGACUGCCCAGACCGAGAUACCUUUCCUCCAAGUGGAGAUGGACCGGCCCUUCGCAUCAAGUGCAGAACAGGGAACCAAAGUGGAGAUCGAGGCACAGCGGGAUGGCAUCAGAGCCGGGGCAACCAAAGCGAAGACCGAGGCCACUCUGAGAGAGUAUUUGAGGUCGCUGUUCACGAUGGGCAACUCUGUUGGGUCUGGCGCCAGUCUCAGGGCCUACUUCAGGAACGACUACAAGGGCGGCGGUGUCUUCAAGCACGACGCCUACGAACACGACCCCGACGAAUGGUGCUGGAUCCACAAGAGCUCCGGCAUCAAGGUGUGGCAGGAUGCCCUGGACCUCACACAGUCCGGUGGAAGUGGCGAAGUGCACUGCUACUUCCAUUAUACGACUCAAGUAGGGUUCCGAAACAUCACGGCUCCACAGAAGAAAGCCGUUGAAGUCUUCGCUUCCCUUGUGACUGAAGGUCCAACGGCCAAUGCGUGGUGGGGACAAGGCGUUUACAGUGUGAGAAGGGCGCCCCACGAAUGGCCAGACGUGGCAACGCUGGUCGAUAACAACUUUAGGAAUAUGCACAGGCGUGACGUUGCAUCGAAAGGCCGUGAGACAGCAGACAAGGAGUACACGGCGCGUGUAGCCUACUGCAUCCCAAUUCUGGUCAAUGCUGCCAAGUGCUUUGAUGUCUCGACUCAGCAGACGCCAGAGAUGCAGACGGAGGGCAAGCCUCCCGGUGUGAACCUGGCUGGAAAGCUGCUGAAUGAACCUGAGCAGCCGGAGAGGCAGUGCAUCGUGAUUCGCCUGCAAAGUGAGGAGCAAGUGGGCCACGCCAGCGCAGUGCUGCUGGACACGCUGCGGUGCCGUGCAGAUGCCACAGCCAGAAGAUUGGGCCCUGAGCACGACAAAGCGCUUUUGGCACUGAGCCGGCUCGCGGACGUGCUGGAGGCCCGCGGCGCCUUCGCCGAGGCCGAGCCGCUGCGGCGCCGAGUCCUGGAGGCCACAGAGCGGCAGCUGGGCCCCGAGCACCGCUGGACGCUCGAAGCGGUGAACAACUUGGGGCUCGUUCUGAAGCGCCUGGGGAAGUUCAGCGAGGCGGAGGCCCUUUACCGCCGAGAUCUUGCAGGGAGCGAAGCGCACCUCGGUGCGAAUCACCCAGACACGCUGAUCUCCAUGAACAACCUUGCCGCGCUCCUGGAGCAGCAGGGGAAGCUGGCUGAGGCGGAGGCCCUGCAUCGCCGAGCUCUUGCAGCGCGCGAAGCGCACCUCGGUGCGAAUCAUCCGCACACGCUGUUCUCCAUGAACAACCUGGCUGCCCUCCUGUGGAAGCAGGGGAAGCUGGAUGAGGCUGAAGAACUGCAACGCAAAGCGCUCGCUGGUCAUGAAGCGCAGCUGGGAGCGAGCCACCCCCACACGCUAAUCUCCGUGAACGUUCUCGCUCUCAUCCUCGAGUCGCAAGGCAAAUUGGAAGAGGCGGAAGGGCUGCACCGCCGAGCCUUGGAAGGCGGCGAGUCCCAACUGGGAGCCCAACACCCCGACACGCUCGUCUCGGUGCACAACUGGGCCCUUGUCUUGGAGAAGCAGGGCAAGUUGGAGGAGGCGGAGGAGCUCUAUCGCAGGGCCUUGACGGGACGGGAAGAUCAGCUCGGCCCCAUGCAUCCGGACACCCUCCAAUCCGUCUGGAAUCUGGCAAAGCUUCUGGAGGCCAAAGGCUCCUUCGCAGAGGCGGAGCAGCUCUACCUCCGCGAGCUACGUGGCAUGGAGGAGAUGCACGGGCCGGAGCACGAAGAGACCCGAGCGAGUCGCCGCAACCUGGAGCGAUUCCACUGCCAGGCCUUGCACUUGUCAGCAUGA